GCUUAUGCAAGUUGUGUGGAUAUACCAUUUUACUCCUGCUGCCAUUGUAGAUCCCGCAUAAGUACAAACACAUGCUUUUGAAUUUAAUUUGAAUUUUUUUUAGAAGAAAUCAUAACCUAUUUACAAUCUGAAUGAAAGUUGGUGUGCCAAAAUAGCCAUUAUACUGGAGUAGGCGCAAAGCACACCACAAAUAACCACAAAAAAAAGAAUGAAAGCCGACGAAGAUGAUAGAAAUCCAGUUUGGUUCGAGAGAAGUCAGAUACACAAAAUGACCUCAUUAAAACGGAUAAUGAUCUAUGGUUCGUUGGUGCCAUUUUUUAUCAUGCUCACUGUGCUUUAUGUUCUUGGAGUUGCAAGAUAUGUCACUGAUUUUGAGGAAAAUACGUGUGAGAUGACAUAUAUGUUUGAGUAUCCGCAGUACGUGAGAAUAUCUUUGAAAAAUGACAUAGAAGAGAAAUAUCCACGAUUUGGAUUGUAUGCCUAUGGAGAAGGCUUUCUAACAGAAAAAUUGAGAAGAAUGCACUUCACUGGUAUACCAGUUCUUUUCAUACCUGGCAAUGCUGGUUCUCAUGAGCAAGUACGGUCUAUUGCUUCAGUAAGUUUAAGAAAAAGCCGAAAGACUUCCUUUCACUUUGACUUUUUUACUGUUUCAUUUAGUAAGGAUUAUUCUGCAUUAUAUGGAGGUGUGCUCAUGGAACAAACUGUGUAUGUUUCACAUUGUAUAAAAGCAAUAUUAGCUUUGUACAAUGGCAAGGCAGACAAUGUCGUAUUGAUUGGUCAUUCUAUGGGUGGUAUUGUAGCGAAAGGAGCUCUGUUGCUGGCACCAAAUAUGAACGUUUCGUCUGCAAGUAUGAUAAUAAACUUAGCUUCUCCCUAUAAUCCCUCUUUAGUUCUCGACAGUGUCUUCGCUAAUUAUUAUUACGAACUAGAAAAACAUUUGCACGAAAUUAAGGAUGCGGGAGUUAAAGUAGUAUCGAUCGGAGGUGGACCACGUGAUAUACUUGUACCCGCUGCGCAAACUUUUGAUCAUACAGCAGAUAUAAAUGUUCUUUCUACGAGUGUACCGACCGUUUGGAAAUCUACGGAUCAUUUAAGUAUUUUAUGGUGUAAACAAUUAGUGUUUGCAAUUGUACGAUCGUUGUUUGAUUCCGUGGAUUAUUUGGCGAAACCACCUAAAAUUACAUCGAGUUCCGAUUUGAAAAUGAAGUCCUUAUCCUAUCAUUUUUUACAACAUACUUCGGGCAAGAAGCUAUAUCAUUAUACAGAAAAAGUUCAAUUUGAAGCCGAUGGCGAAUGGGUGCGCAUACCUCAACAAUAUGUCUGGAAUAAUAAGAACGAAGUUAAAAAAUCAUCUACUAUAUAUCUUGCAGUGGAACUAUUUCACAAAUCUGAUUUCUUAACUAUUGAUGCGAUAAAUUUACAAAACAAGGAUUGGCUGUUUGUAUGCUCGGCUUUCAAAAAGCAAGGUCAACAAAAAAUUUGUGAAUGGGGUUGGAACUUGACAAAUAAAACAAGACUUUUACCUGACCCUUUAUACCGAUCAAGAAGAACUAUUGAUUUAGAUCUAAAAGAGAUAAAAUAUCCACAUAUUACGCAUGCCAUUGUCAGAAUAACUCCGGAUGAUUUGGAGAAAUAUCUUACAGUCAGCUUUGAUUCCUAUUUUUACAACAAUCGAAUCGAAUCUACAAGAAAUAGAUUUUUACAUCCUAAAUAUCUCUUUGGCUUUCGUGGGCCUAAUUUAAUUGAAACUGUCAAGAGAAGUAUAAGAUAUUAUAUAACACUUCCCAACAUCAUAGACGCAGUUACAAUUGAAUUGAAAUCGCUGAAUUGUCUUAAGUAUCACGCCAUUGUUGAGUUGUUAGAGUCAUCAAAUGUAGGAUCGACUCAAUCGAGAAUCUUUACGAACACAGAUGAUGGUCCGAAAACGAUGAAAAUGCAAACACUCUAUGGACGUUUCAAUGAUGUAGCAAGAUUGAGAAUGACGUUAGAACCAGAGUGCGUUUAUACGAUCAAUAUUCAACCUGGAGGGAUUGUUGACAAGAUUUCUUGUAGAAUACGAGACCGUUGGCCAUUGCUUUACAUGGCUGUUAUAAGUUUACUCCUACUUUUCAUCUCUAUAAGGAUACAUUGCGAUUCGGAUACAUUACCGACGAUAGUCAUUACCAUAAUAUUGUCCUUUGUUUUCAACGUUACUUACGAAACCUGCAUCGCUUUAUGUAUCAUUGCUAUAUCUGCCAUUGGUGUGUGUUUCUCUGUCAUAUUUCUUGGUUCUGUGGCACAUGGAAUAGCUGUCAGGUUUAUAGCACGUGCAAUAACAUUCUCGAUAAUGUGGUCAGACUGGUUAUUAAGUGGCUUAAAUCAACUACCAUUUAUUUUAACUGUUCUCGUGUUGUCUUUAAUUCCAACAACAUGUGGAGCUCUUGGUAUGCUCAUUUCAGUAUUCCUUUACUUUUUGAAGUUGACAAGAAUGUACGAAGAUUAUUUAGAGGAUAUAUUAGUGGCCCCGCUUCAACAUUUCAAUUGGUUUAAACGUUUGAGAAGAAUAAAGAAUAAAGAAGAAAAUGAUAAAAAUAUUAGUCAAGAGAUAUACGACCAUCUUAUCUUGUUCUUAUUGUGUACUUUCGCUGCCAUUCCAGCAGUUCCGUCUGUCCUAGUUUGGGCAAAAAAUUUCAGCUAUGACACUAGUCUCUCUACAGAAGAUCGUAUCCUUAUGACAAGUUGGACAAUAUUAGCUGUAUGCGGUAUGUUAGGUAUCGUACAUAUUUCUUCUAGCCAUAAGGGAUAUCGUUCGCUUAUAUUAAGCAAUCUAUUACGUUUCACAAGUUGGGUCAUUCUCUCUAUGACAGCAGCUCCACGUCCAUCUUUUUAUCAGUGGUGUAUGCCACCUAUUACUGCCAUAGUAAUAACCCUUAUCACACUAAAUUCCAUGAUUCCUCAUGAACAAUCCGAUUAAGUACAAUUUGACAUUACAGAAAUUAUAUUUACAGUAUUUGAAAUACGUUUACAUGUUUUUUUUUUAAUAUUUAUUUUUUGUAUAAAAAUCUGAAUUUAUAGCUGUAGCAACAUUAUUAAAAUUUGUGUCAUAUAUCUCUAAUAUUAUAAUAAAUUAAACGACGAUAACCACAUACGCUAACAUAAAUAUUAUUUUAUAUAAGAGUAAUCAAAAUGUAAUUGUGCAAAUAAGAUAAAAUUUAGUUUAAGGCAGCUGUUUAGUACAUAUACCAUUAACAAUUGUGAGAUAGCCAAAGGAUAAUACUUAUGAUACAAAAGCUCAUUGUGAUAUGUAUGUGAUAUAAUAUAAGUCUUAUUCAAAUCAAUAUAACUUGUUAACCAAAAAA